AUGCCACUCCGCGUUGCGAUAGUCGGUAGUGGUGUCUCGGGUCUAGCUGCUCUAUGGACGCUACAACAGCAGCAGAAACAGAAACAGCAACAUGACGAAGAAGACGAGAUUGAGACACAUCUUUACGAAGCAGACGACCGUGUAGGCGGUCAUACACUGACAGUUCCAUGGCGCAAUCUUUCGAAAGCUGGUGGCGUUACAAUGGUGGAUAUUGCAUUUACGCUGUAUAAUAAGUUGACAUAUCUACUUACAUUCUCACUUUAUGCCUGGUUUAGACAUAAGAAGAUGCAAACUAACCCUGUCUAUCCAUCUACCCAUCCAGCAAACUUCACAUCCUUACUCUCUCACCUCAACAUCGCCUCUCUCCCCAUGCGAAUCACAUUCGGCCUCAGCAGAGACAACGGCCAAUUCGAAUGGUCAUCCACCUCCCUCUCAACAUUCUUCGCACAGCGCCGAAACCUCCUCUCCCCAAGCGUAUGGCGCAUGCUUUUUGAUAUAUGGAGAUUUAACCUCUUCGCCACGGACAUCCUCCACCAUAACAACAACAAGUACAACCCCCUGAAUCAGAACCAUAACCAGAAUCUCAAAUCCCAACAGAAAGAAGAAGAGGAAGAAUCCGUAGGCUCCUACCUCAAACGAAACAACUACUCCUCGACAUUUCGAGAUAAUUACCUAAUCCCACUCGCGUCGUCGAUAUGGGUUAAUGAUCCGAACCAGACGUUAAAUUCGAUACCGAUACUAAUGCUCGUUGCGUAUUUCAAGAAUCAUUUACUUCUCAAUUCCUCGUUUGGCGAUGAUGGUGUGCAGUGGUUGGUUAUCAAAGAUGGUGCGAAGCAAUAUGUGGAUCGUAUCUUGGAGGGUCUCCCAGUUGGGAAUUUGCAUGUUUCGACGCCUAUUGUUAAGGUUGAGUCAGAUUGCAGGGUUGAAGGGAGGGGGGCUUCGCUUUUGUUGCAUACGGCAGAUGGAUCUAUUGAGCGAUUCGAUAGGGUUAUUGUAGCCACUGCUGGUGAUGAGGCGUUGCGCAUUCUGGGAGAUGGGGCCACUGAUGAUGAGAGGAGGAUAUUGGGAUGCUUCAGGACAAGUCCGAGUAGAGUGUUCUUGCAUUCGGAUACAUCGUUCAUGCCCCGAAAUCGCAAAGCGUGGUCCGCAUGGAAUUACCAUGACUUCAGCACCUCUGUUCCUUCUGGCCCUCAUGUUUCCCUGACAGCAAACCUAAACGAUCUGCCAGGCCAAGAUAUCUCCAUAACGGGCCCUAUCCUCACUACUCUCAACCCUUGUCGAGUUCCCGACCCAUCAUCGAUCCAGGGCACAUUCUACUUUCGCCAUCCAGUCUAUGAUAGUGCCAGUAUGCAGGCACAGAAUGAAUUACAUCAAAUCCAAGGACGUAGAGGUAUUUGGUUCGCUGGGGCUUGGAUGAGGGAGGGAUUCCAUGAGCAAGGGUUUACAGCUGGUGUGAAGGCCGCGAUGGAUAUUUGGCCGGAGGUGAAGUUACCCUUUCCCAUUGUGGAUUGUCCCUCUCCCGAGGAAGAGAGGAUGAAAUUGAGUAUGGAAGGGCAUAGGCUUCCAGGGCUGAUGAGACUGCUGCGGUUGAGUACGCAUGCAGUUCAGUAUUCCAUUGUCUUUGGUCUCUUGAUCGGACGGGUUGUGAUGUUUCUAUUUGGUACUAUAUAUUCCGAAUAUUUCGUGGCUGCAAGGGCCAACGCAAGAGCCAAAGCGAAGGCAAAAAGAGUCUAG